AGUGUCAAGAUCUGAGGUUUUGCAUCAUGGAUUAACGCCUGGAGAUUUUCAGAUUGUAAUUCCGCCAGAAAGAGCUGCAAUCUAUGGAGACAAAGGAUGGAGACUUUCAAUGUUGAAAGCAGUAGAGAAUGUGUUGCAGGGAAGAAGUCGCUCAUUAUGCUUGGUGGCAGAUGAUAGUGUGUAUUUACCUCUUCUCGUGGCAAAGCUUUUAGAAGCACCACAUGUUAUAUCAUCUUUUCCAGGGCCGAAGGAAAAUGGACUCCAAUAUAUGCAAGCUGCUGUCAGUGCAAAUAAUCUGUCACCAAAUUGCAUAAAAGCUGUUGGAAAAGGGGUGAAAAAGUUAACCAUGCAUGGUACAAACCAGAAAAAGGUUGACCUGUUAAUAGCAGAACCUUUCUAUUUUGGACAAGAUGGCAUGCUUCCGUGGCAGAACCUGCGGUUUGGUAUAUUUCAUUAGCUACUGGUGUAACCAUUAACUUGAUUUGCUAUAUCAUAUAUGCCAUGCUUUAAUAAGUCUUAAGUAUUCAUUGUGUGUUUUAUUUUGGGCGCUACUCCACAUUUUGUUGCCUGCCUUUACUCAAUUUUUUUAGGAAGGAUCGUACAACACUCGAAUAUAUGCUCUCUGAAGAUGCUAUAAUAGUUCCCAAUAAAGGAAUUUUGAGGGCUUGUGCCAUUUAUCUUCCUGUAAAUUAUAAUAUCCAUAAAUUUGUGAAGGCUUUAAUGGAAUUUAUUAAAGAAUUUGCAAUUUUAAAUGGUGCA